UUGUUGUUUCCAUUAUUGCCUCGACUGAUAUCCAGUUGAUUUUUCGUUGUGAACCGAAGUGGCUUCAGCUAUGAAUCAGAGUAAUAUGUUCUGAGAAAGUGAAGUGUCUCAUUUGAUUCACAACACUUUCAACUGAAUGUUAGUCCAGUUUCCAACGGGGAUAUUGAUGUAUGAAGGAAAACGAGUAUCGAAGCGUUUUAAUUAUACCAAAAACAUCGAGACAGUGCCAAUAUCGAAAAUAUGGAGCUUCAAAACCAAAUCUACCUCCUCGUGGCGACAUUCGGCGGCAUAAGUGCCCUGUUGCUAGUGUUCAUAGCCAUUUUGACCACGUACGUCGUCGGAAUUAGAAAGAUGUUGGUCGCCAGAGAAUCGAACACAAAGUGUGAAAAUUAUGGUUUUGACCAUAAUACAGCCGUUCAUCAUAUUUCUGAGGAUAUGCGAUCUAAAAAGUCAGAACCAACUCGCCAACCGUAUAGAAAUAAUAUUACUAAACCACGGAACGAAGAUAUAAACAGCCGUAACAACGACCGGCGUAAAGAAAAACGUCCCGAGGAUAAUCGCAAACGACAAUGUUCCGAGAGUGGCGACACAUCUGGGCGGGAUUUCGACAGUGCGUUCGACAAUGAAAUCAACAAUAUGUUCGAUAUCGACGAUGAAGGCGAUCAGGACAGCGUCAUAAGCGACAGGAAUGCUCGCUACAAUCAGAAGCGGAACCAUCCGAUAGAACCGUCGGGAGGUCGUUCCUCCAAUCACAAUAGCAAUGCAACUGCGUAUGGAAAUAAUCGCCCCCAAACUGCUCGACCCCCGGGAGAUGGGUAUCGAAACACGGCGUACGUGGGAAAUCCUCACGAAAGGAAAACUUACUUCAAUGGAAGAGGUAUGAACUAUUAAAUCAACAGUUAUAUUAUAUUUAAUAAAUUAUCUAGUUAUACAUUUAU